GUACGACUCAAUAAAGGCUCAGCAAAAAAUUACAUUUUCCAUUAAUAUGUUUCAAUAGCGGAUUCUAUACAGUUUUUAUUUUCAAACAGUAUAAUUUAAUAGCAAAUUGGAAAAAAUUAUCAUUUAUAUAUGCUUAACGACGACACGAAUGUAAUGGUUAAUCAGAAAACUUAUUUUUAGAUAAAAAGAUAUAAUAAAAUACAAUAGUUUUAAUAUAAAUUUAAGUAUAUUUUUAUUAAAAAUAAAAAUAUAGUGGUAGCAAUGACAAAGAAAGAAUAUUAUAAAGAGGAAAAAGAAUUUAGUACUGAGCGUUACUGAGCACCUUCCUUACUCUCUAUGUGCGUAUUCCAUUUCAGCAUUGCAUCUUGUGACAUGUCAUAAUAAAUUUAAAUUUGGUUUAAUGUAUUUAUCUUUGUUUGGAAAAACUAUUAAUUGAAUACUUGUUUAAAUGGUUUAAAGUGUAAUGUUCUGAACUAACACUUGUAUUAAAGUUGAAGAUACUUGAAAUAGCUUGAUCUUUAUCACCCUGUGACAAAGGUUAAGUUAUGAUUUAUUGAAAGAGAUUUUGUUACACGAUUCCAAAAUCAUAAAGAAGUACAUUUAUGUAAAAGAAAAAUGAAAUGUGUAAGAAUAAAAAAUGAUAAAAAAUCACAUACGAAUAUAAGGAAAGAUGAUGUCGAGAACAUGGCAGCGACGGUAAACGACAAGGUAAACAAGAAGAAUGACAGCUCUCCACAGAGUCGGGAACAUCCAGUUUCUAGUACACCACUUAGGAAAAUGCAGAGUACAAACGCAGAAGAAUCUCCGGACCUCGAUGGUUAUCCUAGUCCAAUUUUCCCGUGCACACAAGAGGGUGGUAACGAAGUUGCGUGGGAUUGGCAAAGUUCCUUGAACAAAACUCCCGAAGGCAGAAGUAAGAAACAGAAGGCUCAGUUUGAGACUCCUAAGGGGACCAAGCUGUUGCAGAGGAAACGAAAUUCAAAUUCGCCUCUGCUGUACAAGCCACUCAAGAGGAAGACCAUCAAAAUGGAACAUAUGGAGAAUAUUGGGCAGUUUGCGGCCGAGUUACAGGCGUUAAACGAAAAAGUAAGAUUCAUAAAGCAAACUGACAAAAAUUCGGACGUUUUAAUUGAAGAAAAGCCACCGAUCGUGGCAAAUACGAACAGUAAGGAAGAAGUUGCAACGAUUCAAGGUAAAGAGCAAGAUUGUAUCGGAAAAACUGAUAGCCAUGAUAAUGCUGGCAAGAAUGAUGCAAGCGAUAAGGGGGCUACGCCACACUCGCAGACAAGCGUCAAGAAAGAAGAAUUGCCAUCCUCAAAAUCAAGUAACAAACCUCCUGUACAAUCCACUUCCAAUGACAGUAUCAGGGAACCAUCAGUCAGGAAUUUUCUUCAUAAAAGUAUAAGUGACAAUAAUGCAUUAAAGACAUAUUCCAAAUUGUCAUUGAGAAGAGACGCAAACUCCAGUAUACACGUUCCGCUACCAAAAGAAAAGGAGUUGCAUAAAUCGCAUCUGAACAAUAACAAUAUGAUACGUCCCUACUUUGAAAAAUCAUCCGAUCAUACAAGAGUGCCAAAAAGCAACAUCGAACUGUUUGAUAUUCCAGACGAUUCCUUCGACGAUUGCUUGGCGAGCUGUGUUGAGGACGAGAAAUUGUUAUCAGCGCCGACCGGGUCCGACAAUUUCUCGAGCCAUAGAAACGACGGUACAAAAUACGAGGCCAAUUGUAAACACUUGAUUCAAGCGCCACUGAAAUCGGAAGCGAAGUCCACCAGCUCUGUCAGGACAGCGGCGAGGGACGAAGCAUCCAGCUGUGCCUUUUUCGAAAAUAGAAAAUUCUUCAAGACCAAAAGUCUAUCGGAUCAGUACAUUGGACAGGACACGAUUGCCAGUGCUAGAAGUACCUUGAACGCGUCGUCCUCUUCAUGUUUCACGAUGAGGUCCAAGUUGCACUUGAACUCGACUAAAAGUACGACAGCCACGCAUACAGGUACCACGCGUGGCUCCGUAAGUAACAAUUCAAUUGUCACGAAUCACGAUAAAGUUGAGAAUAGUGCAAUUUCGUUAACGCGUGACACGGGUCGGACGCACGGAUCGGAUGUUAAUAGGUGCGCGGUAAGAGAAGGUGGUGAUCGUUUCGGUAGAUACCAUUCCACCGGCAAUAUGAGAAACAAUACGAAAGAGACGAGGAGCGGUUCGCAGCCGUCACAAUGUACCGCGGAAGAAAUCGAGCAGAAGCGACUGCAAGCCAAGAUGAGACUCGAGGCGAAAAGAAAAUUGUACAACCUGAAGAUUAGCAAUAACAUUAAGAGGUGAAAAUAGAUGCUUCACCAGUCUUGCUUAUUGCGGGAAGAUGAUGAUAAGUUUCUUAAUUAAUUUAAUGUUACAUCAUUCGUUCAUUACCAUCAAUAAAUUUGUCACUCUGUGAUCGUCAUUGUUAUAAUUGUGUCUUCGUUCUUGUCAUAAUCAUCAUUGUUACAUUAUUCGCGAGAAUGUUUUAAAGAAAAUUGCGCGCAAAUAUAUUUAUAAUUAUAAGUAAACAAGUGAUCUAUUUGUAGACCAUGUUUUUAACUAUAAACCUGUAGAAUUUAAGAGAUGUAAUUAGAACAUGCGUUCCCAAAAGUGCCUAAUGUUUUCUUUUUUUAGAUGAUGAUUGUGUAGAGUAUCGCUAAACUGUAACAAAGCGGAUCCGCAACGAUCAAAUUUGAAAAGUAAAAUUUAAGAUAGUCGAUGCCAGUGUGUGCAUAUAUAUGCAAUGAUAACAAUGGAUUACGGUUAUCGGCAAUCAGGAAGGCGAUGAUUCUACAUAAAAAAUAAGAAAUGUAAAAUGAGACUUUAUCGAAGAAUUCAAUAAGAAUAAAAUUUAUUCAAGUUUUACUUUUUCAAGAAUAUAAUAGAAAAUAGUUGAGAUUUUCCAGCAAUUAAUUUUCUUCUUUAUUUUUGUAAGUAGAAGUUUCAUUUUUCCAUUGAUCUCUUUUCGGCUUAUAUGCCACCAAGUUAACCGAUUGUAUCACAUGCAUAAUUUUACUUAUCGAAAUUGCGAUAUGAACACAUCUGAUUGUAUAAUUUCUUGCAGAACUUCUUGUACAUAUCUCAUCAAAUAUUUCAGUGGAUUUGAAGAGAUAUGUUAAUUUCGCGUACAAAAACUAUGUAUAUACGUAAAUUGUAUAAAAAAACUGAAAAAUGUAUAACCGAGUAUAUGUAUCACCGUAUAUAUGCGUAUAUAUACGGUCUAACAGUACAGAAAUUGUAUCAUUAAUUGUAUAUGCGCCAUCUUGUCGAUACGUGGCGUUUACUUUUUUACUCAAUUAUUUCUUUGCGUUCACAAGAUUCAAUUGCUAGAUCUAAUGUUCUCCAAGAAUUCUUGUAAUAUUUUCGUACUGUAUAAAAGUUCUUCUAUAACUCUUUAUAUUUGAUUAAUCUUUUUUUAGUUUUCUCUUCCUGCUGUUGCGCGAGGCAGCAUUUCCAAUUGUCAUAUUGCGUUAUAUUCUCAAUAUAACUCAAUAUAAUAAUUGAUUAUUUUCUAACAUUUAUAUAAUACAUAUAUGUAUUAUUGCGGCGUCACAAUCUUCUCCAUCAGGAAUAUUCUUUUUAUUAAAAUUCAAGACAUAUUUACUAGAAAAUAUAACGUAAAACGUAACAUUUAAAACGCGGAACAUUUUACACAGAGAGAGGAUUUUUCGUAAAUGGAGAGGUUCCUUGUAACGUAAUUUUUUCCAGUAAAAGAAGUGUAAUAUAGCAAAUUAUAUUUUUUAAGCGUA